AUGGACUCGUACGGGGUGAGGAGGAGGGACACGACCAAAGGCCCGCCGUUGCGUGUCCUGUCUCUCGAUGGCGGUGGUGUGCGCGGGUACUCGAUGCUCAUCAUCGUCCAAGAGCUAAUGCAUCGCACAUUCGUCGAGAUGGAGGGACGAGCACCCCGCCGCUCCGAAAUACCCAAGCCAUGCGAUCACUUCGACCUUAUCGUCGGCACCGGCACCGGCGGUCUCAUUGCCAUCAUGCUUGGCCGCUUGCGCCUCGACCUAGAAACGUGCAAGGAACUCUAUGUUAGGAUGACUCGGAUGGUGUUCCAAACGGACAAGACGAUCGCAGGCAUCCCUUACCGGUCGACACUUUUCAAAGCCAGCAAACUAGAAGAAGCCAUCCGAGCCACCGUGCGUGAACAUACAAGUACUGAGGCGGAGGGCAACGACGGUAGCCGGGAACCUGAGCUUGUGAACCCACUCAACGCCGCCCAAUUCUCGAGCGCAGCAUCGAGUCCUCGCCGGCUUGCAAGUAACGCCAGCACGGUGAGCUUCAGUGCGCGCAGCAAUGCCGGGCAGAGUCGCCCUUUUGUCAUGAGCGGCAGGUUUGGGGGUGACCCAGACGCAAGGCUAUACGAUACGCGCAGCAACCGAACGAAGACUGCGGUCACGGCGAUGUAUAAGAACUCCCCCAGGGGCGCCCCUCCCGUCAUGCUUCGCUCCUACGACUCGAGAAAGGAGCCACCCCCCGAAUUCGAUUGCAAGAUUUGGCAGGCUGGGCGAGCCACCUGCGCCAUCGGGCUGGCCUUCAAGCCCAUCCGUAUAGGCCAGUCAGAGUUUCAUGAUGAUGGAGUAGGAACUUUCAACCCGGCUCCAGAAGCCUUGGAUGAGGCCGUUGUCAACGAAUGGCCAGGGAGAGACGUCGGGGUGUUCGUCAGUGUUGGUACCGGCAGGAGGCCCAAGACUAGCGACGCAAACCCGCAAAUGUGGUACGAAGGCUUUCUCGGGGAAUUUGCCGAAGCUCGAAGACGGUUGAUAUCCAAGAUUGAGGCAUGCGAAAAUAUCCACGAGUUUAUGAUGCGUGAACAUUUAUCAAGGCGGGGCGUCAACCCAGAGAAUUACUACAGGCUCAACGUGGAAGUCGGAGUGGGCGAGUUUGGAAUGAACGAGUUCUCCCGGUUGGGUGAGAUUAGCACAGGAACUCGAAGAUAUAUGGCCAAGCCUGAGGAGCAGAAAAUGGUGCUUGGGAUUAGUAGCAAAUUGGCCAAGGUAACCAGAGCCAAGGCCAGAUGGGAACGGGCCUUGAGGGGCGAAGUACCUGAUCAGAUCCGACCGCCGCCGCCAACAUUAGACAUCCCAAUGGAGGCCGAGCUCCCAGGGGAUAUGCCUCAGACGCCCUCGCCUCUCAGCCCUCGUGGCCGAGAGUCUUUCGAAUCUGGGAGGGACAGUUUACGGGUGGACUCGAUUUUGUCGGUUUCCCCGCGCUCAUCAAACGAUCUCCACCCCAACCGGCCUCAUACAGCCUCGUCGCCACCUAUGACUGCCGCAAGGCUAUCUCCACGUGGAGAUGGCCCAGACAAGCUCAUGGUAGAAUCGCCAACGCCGGCCCAGUACUGGGAUUCUUCUGGCGCGGACAAAAUUGCCAUCAUGAGUCCCGACGAAUACCCAAAACCUCCUCCUGCGACGCCAAACACUAUCCCUCCUCUACGCAUUGAGCCUCCCCCUCUGCCACCAAAGACACCCAUUCCAGGCCAUCAGCAGGCCAUGCGAAGGCCGGCGCAAGGACCGACGCCCCCUUAUCCGAUAGAUGACGAAGCCCCGCCACCUCCUGUUAAUAUGGCACGAAAACCAGAUUACAGGGCAAACAAUUUCAGCCACUCCUCUUAG